AUGACGAACAACAGCACAUCGUGUUGUGUGGUGCCUCUGAACACCAUCAAGUAUUUUAAAAUCCCGGUGUACACGCUUGUGUUGCUGGCCGGGCUGCCCCUAAACUGCUUUGCAUUCUGGGCCGUGGUGUCCCAGCUGAAAAGAUCCGUCCUCCUCUCAGUUUACGUCAUGAACCUGCUGUUGGCCAACCUCCUCCAGAUCCUGACGCUGCCUUUCUGGAUGUACCACAGCUACAGGGACCAGCAGUGGGGCCUGGGAGACCAAGCGUUCAUAGCGGUCAAGCUGGCUUUCCGCACAAACUUUUAUGCCAAGAACAACUUCCUGUGCCUCAUCGCCAUGGAGCGAUACCUCGGCCUUGUGCAUCUGCUCCGGUUCCACCGACUGCAGGAGAUGGCAGGCGCCACCAAGGUGAGCAUCGCCAUGUGGCUCCUGGUGCUGAUCCCAUGCAUUGUUGGCAUCUGGCUAGAGGUGGACUACAAGCAGACGAGCUGCCCAGACAGCUCCCAGCUGAACUAUCACUAUGCACUCUUCAGGAUAAGCAUCAUGACUGUCUCCUUCUUGACUCCUUGCCUUCUCAUGGGGUUUUUCUAUUUGAGCAUCCUGCUGGAGCUUAGGAAAGUCGUCUCCUUGGAGCGGAGGGUGAAGAGGCAAAUCUACUGGUUUGUCUCUCUCAUCAUCAUCACCUUCUUCCUCUUCUUCACCCCUUUCCAGGUGACUUUGUUUUACAGAUACUUCUGGGAAGUAAAAGGGGUUGAAAGAGCAGCCUGUAACCUGGUGGAGAACACCUAUAUCUGUCUACAUGCAACUCGGUGUCUGGCCACCUUGAACAACAUCUUUGAUCCCCUCCUUUACAUCCUGCUCCUCAAAGAUGUCCGGACGGAGAUUAAAGUUGUGCUCGGUUCCAAGGCUCGCAAGCCAGGAAUGGCAUACAGUUUAGAAAAGCAAGAAAGACCCCCAUCCUUUUUGACUGAACAAGUGUAA